UUCUCAUUGCAUACUACGUCCGCGACUCAAGACUUUCACACCUGCUACACUAAGUCGUGAUACAUUUCAGUGUACACUAAGUAUUUAUUUAUCAAUAAGCUUACCGAAAGUUAUUAAAAAAUUUUUAAUACCCUAAUUGUUUUUCAAGAAGUUUUAUUAUUUUAAUACGAAGACUUUUUAAACAUAUUUUACGGUAAAAAGUCGAUUAUCGAUCCUAUACACCACUCUAAGUGGAAACAGUCCAAUCACCCAUCGAUUUAGGGAGGGUUUUCAAAAUCCCUCCUAUUUCAAAGCGUUCAACGGCCAGCAACAUUACAUUUGAUAAGGGCGGGGAAUUUAAAGUACAAGAACAAUGCAACAAUACGAAAAAGCAGGCCUCUGCUUCUCAUGGCGUGAAAUCUCAGCCGAAGGUGUCGGUUCCACCACCCCAGGUGGCCGACGAUCAGCUUGUUAUGACACCGAUUAUCAGUCCGACGACGGAGAAAGAAUUGAUGAAAGAUUUAAUGUGGAUUACGAAAGCAUCAUCUUCGAGCUCGAUGAAUUCAUCCCCGAAUCUGAUGGACGAGGACAACACAACAAUAUUUUCACCAACUUGGGAGGAAAAUUAUCAGGAUCUAAGUGGAUGGUGCUCCAGGAUCCCAAUGGAUCACAGAAGUUACAGUUUUCCUGUAGGUGAAUCUCUUAAUGGUAGGCAUUCAGAUAUGAAAAUCGACGAUCAGACUUACUCGACAAACGUGGGGGUUGAAGUUCUUGACGUGGGUAUGACUUCUGCAACAAUCGAUCUUGAUGAUUUUAAGCAGCAAAACAAUAUUAAUAACGAUAAUAAUCUUAACAACAGUAAUAAUAUGAAUAAUAUCAUUAAAAAUAAUAAAAAUGUAAUGCUACCACCGAUUGAUGAUGAUAAACCAAUAAUGCUGGGGGGGAACAUUGAUGUACUUGAUGAAUGGUUGGACUUACCUAAGUCUUCCAUAGCCUCACGGACAGAUGAAUGGAUACGGCUAGUUGAUAAUGACAAAAUGGAUGAACCGCUUCAGCGACUCGAAAUUAAUCAAUUAAAUGACAAUUUUAAUUUGGAUAACAGCUACUCUGCAGAGCCUACAAUAAAUUGGGAUAUUAUUAAUAAUUUCGAUAAUAAUAAAAAAGAUUUCGAUCUGCUAUCCUAUUUAUGCGAUGACAAUUUAAAUUCACCAGAAAGUAUAUCAACAGAUUCAAUAGACAUUUAUCAAGCAUCGACGAGCUACAUUAAUAACAAUAAAAAUGAAGGAAUAUCUACAAGAGUGCACAACACACGAAACAGAAAAAGAAAUUACAGCCAAGAAACAAUAACUUCUCCAUCAAAGAAUACAGAUGACUUGGAUAUUAAGCCGCUGAAGCCAUCGUUUGCGUCUGCAAUGUCACCAUCAACUGAAUCAUCAUUAUCCGGAGCAGGAUCCACUAAAACAACGACAAGGGCAAUCAAACUCACGAAAACCAUAAAAACGCGCAUGAAAAAAGAAGUUAUCGAUAGUUUUGACACACAAAGUAGACGAGGAAGGAAACGACAGUACGACAGUGAAUCGGAGGGGGAAAAUUCAGACUCUAGCUAUCGCGAAUCGCGAGAAAAAAAUAACGAAGCAUCGCGUAAAUCUCGCAUGAAUAAAAAAGCUAAAGAGAAAGGCAUGAUGAUGGAAGCUGUCAGUUUAGACAAAACUAAUAGAAUACUUAAAAGCAGAGUAGAGCAGCUUGAAAAGAUGGUAUUAACGAUGCGCGCUGCUAUACUUAAAUCUGCGUUAAGAAGAAAUUUUUAAGUCUACAUAAUUUGUUAUUUUAUUUUUAAUCUUUUAAUUAAAAAACACCAUUCCACAAUUAUAUAUUUUUACUUAUCUCGUUAUCGUUAUAUUUAUUUUAUGAAUAACGAGAAAUAUUUAAAUGGUGUUACUAGAUGCUUUUUUUUGCUAUGAAGAAACAAAGAUUUAAUAUUUAUAAAGAAAAAUCUUUGGCACGAAUUAUAAUAAUCAUUGUAUUGCUUAAUAUAUAAAAGAGAUUAAUAUUUUUUAUAAUUAUA